CUAAUUCGCCUGUCUCCAUGGAUGGAAAAAUGUCUCGAAAAUCGUGCCGAUCCAUGUAACCCGAUGCUUGGACCACAUCGCGCGCAUGCAAUGCAACGGCAGGAAAGUGAGGUGUCAGUGGUCACGUCCGACGCGCAGCAUGUGCAGGGAUAUCGCAUCAGGGGGCGUUGCCAGAAUGUGCUAGCUUUCGACACUGUGAUUGUGCAUAAAUCAGAGCAGCAUGCGCAUAGAAUCCGUGUAACUGCGUGUGUGUUGUGCUCUGGCAGACAGACUGACCGACAGGUCCCUGAGACUACCACUAGUAUCCGCCAUGGCUGAUCCGUCGAUGAUGGAGAUCGAGAGCUGGGAGGAGCUCCCCAACCCCAAGAGAGUAUGGAUCGGUGAGCCUGGCUCGCGCGAGGAGGGCCUGGGACGACUGGUCCUCCUCACCAAGGAAAGGGUACUGGCCGCAGCCAAGGACGAGAUUCAGCAGGGCAUCCGUGUCAACCUGGGCUGGGAUCUAAACAAGCUAGAGUUCGCCUGCUUCAACCGCCAGCCGUGCAAGCUGGAGAUGGUUCCGCUACUGGAUGGCGUUGCUUUCGACGACAUUUACACGCUCAACCCUCAGCAAUCUUCGCAAUGGGACGGCUUGAGACACUUCUCCCAGCCAGUGGAGGAGGGCUCUUCCGAGAGGGUCUUCUACGGCGGCUGCACCAAGGAGGAAAUCCUCGAUCCCACGUGUGACCGGAUCGGUAUCCAGCACUGGGCACAGGAGGGCAUCACAGGCCGUGGCGUCCUCAUUGACUACGUCUCCUACGCGGAGAGAAAGGGUAUCGACUACUCGACCUUUUCUCUGCACACGAUCAAGCUGGCGGACAUUCUGGACAUUGCCCGCGAAUGCAACAUCGAGUUCCGACGCGGCGACAUCCUCUUUGUCCGGAUCGGCGUCACCAAGGAAUGGGAGCAGCGCAUGACCCAGGAGGCGAAACAGGCCUACGCCGUGAGCACAAGCCCCCAGCACGCCGGUGUCGAGGGCACCCUGGACAUGCUCCGGUGGCUCUGGGACACGGGCUUCGCGGCUGUCGCUGGCGACGCCAUCAGCUUCGAAGUCUAUCCGCCCCAGGCCGGCGGGGUCUUUCUGCACGAGUACAUGCUGGCGGGCUGGGGGAUGCCCAUCGGCGAGCUGUUUGACCUCGAGAGGCUGGCGCAGACCUGUCAGGAGCUCGGACGCUGGUCCUUUUUUGUUUCGUCUUCGCCGUUCAAUAUGCCGGGUGGUAUCUCGUCUCCACCAAACGCGCAGGCCAUAUUCUAGGCAUCUUCUUUACGUACUCCGUAUCCGUAUAGAUAAUAAAAUUUGUGUGUAGUAGGAUAGGAUUCCCUGCUCGACGUGGCCAUGACUGGGCUGUAGGUUGAAUCCGUCAUUAGCAGGUGCAUGUCGAUGAAUUAUGACUGGUCUCCGGAUCCC